GCAGCUGCCGCUAAUGACACAGAUCGGCUGCUGCUGCCGCCGCCGCCGGAGCGGGCGGACGGGCGGGCGGACUGAGGCGGAGCGCGCAGCGCGCAGCGCCCCGAGAACCGCGAGCGGCCCGCGGCCGGCGGAGAGGCCCCGAGACAGCGGCGUUCGCCUCGCCGCCCGGUCCAGCCCGGCGCGGCGCUGCUCCGCUGCCGGGAUGGCGGCGGGCAGGGCCCGGGCCCGGGGCUCGGGCUGAGCGCCCCCAGCGCGCUCGGAUGGCGGGCGGCGCCGGCUGGGCUGGCGGCACCGCGGCGCUGCUGCGCUCCGUGCGCCGGCUGCGGGAAGUGUUCGAGGUGUGCGGCCGAGACGCGGACGGCUUCCUGCGGGUGGAGCGCUUCGUCGCCCUGGGCCUGCAGUUCGGCCAGGGAGAGGAGGUAGAGAAGCUUGUGAAAUACUUGGACCCAAAUGACAUGGGGAGAAUCAACUUUAAGGAUUUCUGCCAUGGGGUGUUCGCCAUGAAAGGGUGUGAAGAAGUGCUGAAGGAUGUGCUGGCCAUGGAAAGCACAGCUGCUCUGCAGUAUGAACCUGAGAUCGGAGACUAUGAAGAUCAGGGCAGUGAAAUCCAGGACCCUGCCUACGUGGAUAGUGAAAACGCCCUCGGAGAAUCCUACCUCUUUCCCGAGGACGAGGCCAUGACACUGGCCCAGCCUGAAGUCCUUCAUGAAUCGGACAUGGACAGCGCCAUUGACAGUGCCCCGAGUCUGGAAGUAUCCGACAUGAGUCCGGGAGAGGAGAAGGAUGGAGUUCUUGGAGGCCUCUUUCUUCCAGGUGACAAAUCAUUUAUCCCCAAUCCAUCUGCAUCAUCGGAUCUCUCCACACACUCGACAGCCUCUCUCAUCAGUAAUGAAGAGCAAUUUGAAGACUACGGGGAAGGGGAAGAUGUGGAGUUUAACCCCAGCAGCCCAUGUCCUGAUGAUGAAACUCGAACUAAUGUGUAUUCCGACCUGGGGUCUUCUGUGUCUUCCAGUGCAGGACAGACCCCUAGAAAAACGAGGCACGUCUACAAUAGCGAACUGCUGGAUGUCUACUGCUCCCAGUGCUGUAAGAAGAUCAGUCUGCUGAAUGAUUUGGAAACCAGGCUAAAAAAUCUUAAGGCUAACAGCCCUAACCGGAAGAUCUCUAGCACAGCAUUCGGACGACAACUCAUGCACAACAGCAACUUCAGCAGCAGUAACGGCAGCACCGAGGACCUGUUCCGGGACAGCAUUGACUCUUGCGAUAAUGACCUCACAGAAAAGGUGAGCUUCCUGGAGAAAAAGGUGACCGAACUGGAAAAUGACAGUCUGACUAACGGAGAUCUGAAGAGCAAAUUAAAGCAAGAAAACACACAGCUUGUCCACAGGGUACAUGAGCUGGAAGAGAUCAUGAAAGACCAGGAGACAACAGCAGAGCAGACCCUGGAGGAGGAGAUCAGACGGCAUCGGGAAUUGUUCAGCAAGCUUGAAAAGGAAAAAAGCACCGAGAUCGAGCUGCUCAACACAAGGGUACAACAAUUAGAAGAAGAAAACACAGAAUUAAGGACCACGGUGACCCGUCUCAAGUCCCAAACGGAGAAAUUAGAUGAGGAGCGGCAGCGGAUGUCUGACCGGUUAGAAGAUACCAGUCUCCGGCUGAAGGACGAGAUGGAUUUGUACAAGCGGAUGAUGGACAAGCUGCGACAGAACCGGAUAGAAUACCACAAGGAGCGAGAGGCAACCCAGGAGCUCAUUGAGGACUUGAGGAAGGAGCUGGAACACCUCCAGCUUUAUAAACUGGACUGUGAGCGGCCUGGCCGGGGACGAAGCUCCUCUUCUAGCAUGAGUGAAUUCAAUGCCAGAGCCCGGGAAAUUGAACUGGAACACGAGAUCAAGCGGCUCAAGCAGGAAAACCAGAAGCUCCGAGAUCAGAAUGAUGACCUGAACGGGCAGAUUUUAAGUCUCAGUCUUUAUGAAGCAAAGAAUCUCUUUGCUACUCAGACCAAGGCCCAGUCUUUAGCAGCAGAGAUUGACUCGGCCUCCCGGGAUGAGCUUAUGGAAGCCCUCAAAGAACAAGAGGAGAUCAACUACCGUCUGAGGCAGUAUAUGGACAAGAUCAUUCUAGCCAUCCUGGACCACAACCCGUCAAUCCUGGAAAUCAAAAACUGAAAGGAGAUGGAUGUAGGGGUCGAGGUGGGAGUGGGACCAAUGAAGAGCUUGGGAGAGCAGCGGCCACCUGACACCUUCUGCACAUGUCACUGGAUUUAAGAGUCACUAAUACUGUAAAUGUCUAUACAUACAGCCAUGUGUGCGUAUGUGUGUGUAUAAUUGGGUAUGAAAGAAAAUGAAUGUGUGUGAAUGUUGAUAUUGAAGACGGUACAUAGUUGAUCCUUUGGUCACAAAGGUUUGCUUUGGUUAGCUUUUCAUGCACUUUGUUGUACCUUUGCAGGAAAGAAGGCUGGCAGAAGGGAUAGGAGGAUAUUAUUAUUGUAAUAACAAUAUAACUGGAAACUUGUAUUUUAGAUAUUGGAUAAAAUGACUACCUCUGGUUGUAAGGAUUUUUUAAAAGAGCUAUCUCUCUUAUUGGAGGUGACCCCUUGCCUCCUAUAGGAUAGAGAAAACAAUGACUUUUCCAGUAACUUGAAUACCUAGCAGCCUUGUGAUUAGAAUUAGUUUGAUAUCAUUCUCCCUUUGCCUCCACCAGUGGCACACCCUGCUAGGGCACAGAUAUUUGGGUCAGGAAAGAGAAAUUAGUCUUUUUAGUAGAAAAUCAUGGAGGAUAAAGCCAUUGCCUCACAUCUUUGGUGUGUUUAGGGAUAAAAGUUUAGACUACCAUAAUGACUUGCUGACAAAAAAAAAAAAAAAAAAAAAAA